CCCCCCCCCCCCCCCUCCUCUCUCUCUCUCUCUCCCUCUCAGUGAUCUUCAGCUCGGCUCGGAGUCAUGAGGUGGCGUUCUACAGAGUAAAGAUGGCCAACGCCGUGGCUUCCUAUGACCAGCUGGCCCACCAGGUGGAGGCGCUCCGCAAGGAGAACUCCCACCUGAGGAGGGAGCUGGAGGACAACUCCAACCACCUGUCCAAACUGGAGACCGAGACCACCGGCAUGAAGGAGGUGCUGAAGCAGCUGCAGAGUAAACUGGAGCAGGAGGCGGGAACUCUGGCCUCGUCCGGGCGGAGCGACGUGCUGCACCAACUCAAAGAGCUCCACAUGGACCUCACAAACUACUACGAACUCAAACAUCAACCCCACAACCUGCGCCUGCUGGCGGGUAGCCUCGGAGGGGCGGGGCCAGCUGGGAUUGGAGGAGCGGACUUUGAUGAUCGUCUUGCUCUGCCUCCUCCCUCCUGCUCCUCCUCCUCGGCGAGCAGAGCGAGGAGUCCUCUCAGAGCGUCGUCUCGUCUGAGUUCAGCAUCCGGUGGAGAGGCUGCUGCUGUCAUGCUGCCACAUCACUUCCUGGACGGAGCCCCGCCCAAAACGGCCGUGAUCAGCGGGGCGGAUGGACGACUGAGUGACCACCACCUGGAGGAGCUGUACAAGGAGAGGAACCUCCUGCUGGGAGAGAUCGACCGUGAGGAGAGGGAGCGCUGCUGGUACUUCAGCCAGCUGGAUGGGCUGUCACAGCGUCUGGCUCAGCUUCCUCGCAUCGACACGUUCUCUCUGCAGAUGGAUCUGAUCCGACAGCAGCUGGAGUUUGAGGCUCAGCAGGUUCAGUCCGUGAUGGAGGAGCGCUUUGGCACCAGCGACGAGGUCGUUCAGAGGACCCAGAUGCGUGUUUCUCGUCUGGAGCAGCUGGAGAAGGAGCUGCAUGAGGCCCGAGGGAGUCAGGAGAGCCAGCUACAGCUGUCUGGAGCAGAGAAGCCCCCUGCUGGAGAACCGGAGAACAGCUCGUCAUCAGCUGCUGCGGGAACAGAAGCUCCUGCAGACGGAGGCAGCAAGGUGGAAAUGGUGUUCUGGCUGCUCUCCAUGCUCGCUAACAGAGAUAAGGAGGAGAUGUCUCGGACUCUGCUGGCUCUGUCCAGCUCUCAGGACAGCUGCAUCGCCAUGAGGAAGUCCGGCUGCGUCCCACUGCUGGUUCAAAUCCUGCAUGAGACCCCUGCCGGCGGGUCUGGGGAGACGGCAGCAGGUGGUACAACGGGCUGCAGCCGAGAAGCCAAAUCCAGAGCCAGUGCCGCACUACACAACAUCAUCUACUCCCAGCAGGACGAGGGCCAGGCCCGCCGGGAGAUGAGGGUUCUGCACAUGCUUGAGCAGAUCCGCACCUACUGUGACAGCGGCUGGGACUGGAUCGAGAGCCACGCAGGGACAACUUCACCAGGAGGAACUAAAACCACGGACAUCCCUGAACCCGUCGACCCUCAGAUCUGUCAGGCCAUGUGCGCCAUCAUGAAGCUGUCCUUUGAAGAGGAAUACCGACGUGCCAUGAAUGAAUUAGGCGGUCUGCAGGUUGUAGCUGAUCUGAUUCACCUGGACCAGGACAUGUAUGGCAUGCAGAAUGACCCCAUCAACAUGGCGCUACGCCGCUACGCAGGGAUGGCAGUGACUAACCUCACCUUUGGAGAUGUGGUCAAUAAGGCCACUCUGUGCUCAAAGAAAAGCUGCCUGCAGGCUCUGGUGGCCCAGCUGGCCUCAGACAGCGAGGAGCUCCAUCAGGUGGUGUCCAGCAUCCUGAGGAAUCUAUCCUGGAGAGCCGACAUCAGCAGCAAGAGAGUCCUACGAGACAUCGGCUGUGUGUCGGCACUGAUGACCUGUGCCCUGCAGGCCACCAAGGAGUCGACCUUAAAGAGUCUCCUGAGCGCUCUGUGGAACCUGUCAGCUCACAGCAUCGACAACAAGGUGGCAAUCUGUUCGGUUGACGGAGCUCUGGGCUUCCUGGUUAGCACGCUGACGUACCGAUGUCAGACCAACUCCCUCGCCAUCAUCGAGAGCGGUGGAGGAAUCCUUCGGAACGUGUCAAGUCUGGUCGCCACACGAGAAGACUACAGGCAAAUCCUCAGGGACCACAACUGCCUCCACACUCUGCUUCAGCAUCUGCGCUCUCACAGUCUGACCAUAGUGAGCAACGCCUGCGGGACUCUCUGGAACCUUUCUGCCCGAAGUCCAAAAGACCAGGAGCUACUGUGGGACCUCGGGGCAGUUAGCAUGCUGCGCAACCUUAUCCACUCCAAGCACAAGAUGAUCGCCAUGGGCAGUGCCGCAGCUUUGAGGAACCUCCUCACCAAUCGACCCCUGAAAUAUAAGGAUGCUGCUGUUGUAUCCCCCGGCUCCUGCAUGCCCUCACUCUACAUGAGAAAACAGAAGGCUUUGGAGGCAGAGCUGGACGCCAAACACCUAGCAGAGACUUUUGAUACCCUUGAGAAACAGAGCCCCAAGCACCUGACCCUAAACAAGCCGCUGAGGCACAUUGAAAGUCUGGCAAAGGAUUACGCCUCCGAUUCUGGCUGUUUUGAUGAUGACGAGGCUCCCAAUGUCUCCAGUAGCCUGGACACCGGUAGCUUCUCUAUGCUGUCCAUGUUCUUAACCAACUCUAACUUCCAGCAAAACCAACCACGGAAGAAAGACAAUGAACCAGAGAGAGAUGUGGUCCCUCCACAAAUUGCAGAGAAGAGACAUGCCCCUCAUGAUGACGUGGUAUCUGCCGCUGCAGAGAAGCUAGCGAAAAAGAUCACUAACACAGUUGCAAAGAUUGACAGGUUAGUAGAGGACAUCACCAUGCACACAUCCUCAGAGGACAGCUUCAGCCUCAGCUCUGAGGACCACUUGGCAGACUGGCCAUAUGGGAUGGAUGAACUCAAUGAAGCUCGGGCAAAAUCCUGCUCUCCCUGCCGUCUCUCUGAUACAAGCAGCUUGGCCCAUAGAGAACGCCUCAGUAGAGCCCACGCUCUUUUGCGCCUAAAAACUGCACAUACAAGUGUAUCAACAGACAGCCUUAACAGUGGAAGCACUAGUGAUGGCUACUGUGGUAGCAAAGAGCAGACGCGACCUGCUCCAAGAGCUCUUACAAUGCAACAACGACCCAAUCAACUUGAUCUCAAAGUUGCCCAUCAAGAUUACCUUAAUGGAGGAUCGGCUGUCCUCAACGACACUAACCAACAAGAUAUUCCUGAGAGAGAUUCUGUGGACAAGGAUGUUAAAGCACUAGAGCUAAUCAGCACAGACGCAGAAAGAAAUCAGGAUCAGGCUACACAUUCACCCGUCAGUGCAUCCACUAAAAUGUCCUCUGAUGUCAGCAUGACUUCAAUUAAACUUUCACCAUCUUAUCAACAAGUCCCCCUAAUUCAGAGCGUGGCCAAAUUUGGAGUAGCAAAGACCACCAUUAAUGUUCAGGCUGCCCAAGCAAUGAGGAGGCAAGCAUGGGUUCCUACUGUGAUGACAGGAGGAAGUAUUACAAAGUUUUCUCCAAUGACAUCCACCAGAAGCCCAACCAUAGGGACGAUGGAGACGGUUCAGAAAUAUUCUGUUGAGAACACGCCAAUUUGCUUCUCCCGCUGCAGUUCGCUGUCCUCCCUCUCCUCUGGCGACGGAGCAUUGGAUGGACAGAGUGAAAAUGAGCUGGAAAGUGACUCGUCAUUAGAAAUAAUUGAAGUGGAAGAUGAAGAAGAGGUGAAAAGAGUAGAAGAGGAUGAAACCUUAGAGGAUUUGAGUGACAGCCAGCUGCUGAUGACUGACUCAAAAACUUUCCCCAGCAAAGAAACGGAUCCCAUUGAGAUCCCCUGUCCUGCCAAAAGGGAAAAGGUGUUCCUUAGAAGUGCUUCACCAGCUAUACUUGAAGACAGAUCUCCAUCCAGUUCUUCUGAGAACUACAUUCACGAGACACCACUGGUAAUGAGUCGCUGUAGCUCAGUCAGUUCACUGGGCAGCUUUGAGUCUCCCUCUAUUGCCAGCUCAAUCCAAAGUGAUCCAUGCAGUGAGAUGAUUGAUGGAACAAUAAGCCCUAGUGAUCUUCCCGAUAGCCCGGGGCAAACAAUGCCUCCUAGUCGAAGUAAAACUCCAUGUUGUGUUGAGUCAAAUGGACCAGACACCCAGGCCACAGGAAUAGCAGGCCAGUGGGAAAACAGUCUUCGAAAGUUCAUGGAGAUCGCAGAUUCAAAGGAGAGGUUUAACCUUCCACCUGACCUGGACACAAUGAUCUACUUCACUGUGGAAAAGCCAACUGAGAAUUUCUCUUGUGCUUCAAGCUUAAGUGCUCUGCCUCUCCAUGAACAUUACAUACAGAAAGACGUGGAGCUUAAGUUGACUCCCCUGCUUCAGCAAAAUGACAAAAAUAUUAAUUUCCUUGAUGAGGAUGAGCAAGGACUGGAACACGGUGAGAGAUAUAGUGAGGGCAACUCAGACGAUGACAUAGAAAUCUUAAAAGAAUGCAUCAACUCAGCGAUGCCAUCCAAGUUCAGAAAAGUAAGACCUUCCCUGAUGACUACCAUCCCUCCCCAUAUUCUCAAUUCACAAAUCCGAAAACCCAUACAUCUUCCAGUGUACAUGAUGCUUCCAAAUGGUAAAACCCAAUUGUGUACUGGGAGGAGAAUUGUCAUCCCACAAAAAGACCAUAAAUUUGAUGAUUCAUCCUUCACUGACUCUGCAGAAGGUACGCCUGUUAACUUCUCCAGCACAACAUCGCUGAGUGAUGAAACACUUCAGUACCCAGUGAAGGAAAGGGGGGCUAAAGACUGCACAGCUAGAGGCAUGAACAAACAGGAAUUGCUCAACGAUGAGGCAAAGAGGAUUGAAGACUUGAGGAUAUUCUCACACUUUCACAAACCCAACAGGAUGAACUACCCACCUGAGAUACAAGUGAAUCGAACAACAAAACAUGUCGUUCCCACUCAGAGGGUGCUGAUGCAGAGCAAAGAAGUAGCGGAUAGAGUGGCUAGCCAAAGAAAUCGUGAUCAGUCUCCUAACCAACAAAGGAAGAGGCAAGGGCAAGGCCCCAACAGAAAAAUGGAACUGCCUGUCAUAAAGCAAAAUACAGAAAGGAAUCUUAAUGUGGGAUCACAAAAAGGAAACACACUCUAUAGACAAAUGACACGUUCUUCAGAAGACAGUAUUGGCUUCUACGAUGACAAUGAAAAAGAUGAAGCAGUGAAAAGAACAAGUAGAAAACAAAUCAGGGAAGCAAGUAGAAAUAAUCUUUCUCGAAGCAUGACAAAUAUUGGCAGGAUUGAUAAUUCCCAAGGGAAGUCUAGAGGGUUUCAACGGAUAAAACAAAAUCUGAUAAAGGAUGAGUCAAUUACAUGUUAUUCACUCAGCUCUUCUCUUAGUUCAUUGAGUGAUGCAGAGUUUGAGGAUCACAAUUCAAAAGCCCAGAAAAUAUGGUACAAGAACCGGCACAACAAAACACUUAAUAUGGUACAACUAAAGCCUAUGACCAUUCACAGCCAAUACGAAGAGCCAAGCUCGCCAAGUUCUGUCAGCAUGGAUUCGGAAGAUGAUCUUCUUCAAAAAUGCAUAACAUCUGCCAUGCCCAGACAGAGAAGGAAGCUUGCUGCCAGAAAGAAGAAAGCAGAAUGUACACUAAAGCAAAAACAAAAGGCCUCUGAUGGGUGGAAUAUGGAUGAGGAAAUGGAUAGUGAUGAUACAGCAUGGGAUAAAGAUUCAGAUCUCAACAGCGUUGAAUGGAGAGCUAUACAGGAAGGUGCUAACUGUGUUGUCACCGGUCUGCAAGCAUCAAAGUCUCAAGAUCCAUCAUCUGAAGAGACUGAAUCGGUCCUUUCAUUCAUGUCAACAUCCAGCUUUACACCCAAAGAAAGAAAGUUUGCUAAAGAGAAAAAGCCUAACAAACCAUUAGACUUCACUCAACGUAAGCCAGUUCAAAACUUACCUAUGGUUUUCAGAGGCAGGACAGUGAUCUAUACACCGCAAAAAGAAACAGCUCCAUCACAAAUACCUCCUCCCAGAAAAGUAUCAACCGACACAGAUGCUCCAAAGAACCCAAACCUUGCUCAGCACAGAUCAAAGAGCCUUCACCGAUUAGGCCACCCCCAAGACGUUGAACUAUCUUUGCCAAAGAGGAGCUCUACACCCCCUCCAAGGAUACCAAAAAGUUCAUCCUCUGGAUCAUCGCAAAGCUCUACACCAUCCAGACAGUCCCAGAAAAAGAUAACAUCCCCCAUUCAGACAAAGAAAUCAAUCCAGAAAAAGAUUGCCUCACCUGCUACUAGCCCACCAGCCAGUUGCCCUCCUGAAAGAAAGGGACGCUCUCCAGUUGUAAAUCAUAACGAAAAAUCCCCACCACCUAAAACUCAGAAGUCACCUGUCAGAAUCCCUUUUAUGCAAAAUCCAGUGCGCCCCCGACCACUGUCACCUCUGGUAACGAAUCAAGCAUCCAACAGACAAACUAAUCAGGUUAAUGGGAGAAGGGUGCCACCCAACAAUCGAUUUGAAGUGGUCAGGAUGACUUCGAGUGGCAGUGAGUCUGAUCGCAAUGGAUUCUUGAGACAGCUUACUUUCAUAAAGGAAUCAAAACCUGUGCUUAGACGGGAUGGAUCUGCAAGGAACAUGCCUGGAUCACAGAAUGGAUCCCCUCGCAAAUCAGUUCCCGGAGUUCCAGCGGUCUUCCUUUGCUCAUCACGCUGUCAGGAACUUAAGGCAGCUGUGCAAAUCCAGAGAAGGGUGCAAGUUAGAAGUCCAGGACAAGCACAGCAAGUCCAGAGGCAAGACAACAGCCUUCAGAAGCAGACUACAACCCUAUCUAGAGCAACAUCCAGUGAACGGGACCUAUCUGCAAGACGCCCAGGCAGGAGAACUAGCUCAGAGAGCCCCUGUAGAGUGGCUCAGCGAAACAGGACUGGCAGAGUGUCUGGAGCCAAACAGAAAGUCGACACAGAUACCUUUAAACGUCACGCCUCAUCACCAAGUAUAAACAUACUGAGCCGAGUGACCAGCCGUUCUUCCCUUCGCUCUUCAUCAUCUGAUUCGAGUGGCAGAGCAAAGAGCGAGGAUGAAACAAAGAAGAAGGGGCAGAGAUCUGCAUCUCGGCUUAAUGACAGAGUCACCUGGAGGAGAAUCAGGGAUGAAGAUGUACCUCAGAUCUUGAAAAGCACUCUGCCAGCCAAUGCAUUACCUCUGGUGCCUUCUCCUGAUGGGGAAAAGCCUAAGCCACCAGCUCUUCCAGGAAAACUGCCAACCAUUCUACUUGCAUCACGCAAGACCAGUGACGCAACAGUCCAGACAGAAGAUUUCACAAACAACAAGACCAACUCAAGCACCUCGCCAUCAGUCGAAUCAACUCAUGUGAUCUCAGAGGAAGUCACACGACUGGCACUACUCAGAAAGUUUAGUGUCUCUUCUGGGGGAAACCUCCAGGAUGGAGAUUCAGAGGGCUCCCUGAGGAGCCACAGCACUGUCUCAACUGGAACAACAGACAGCCACAUGGGUGGAGUUGUCCACUUCCGCCAAGGAUCCCCCAGCAAGGCUGCCCGGAUCACUCCAUUUAAUUACACCCCAAGCCCCAUCGCCUGCUGCCCCCAAGACACACAGAGCCAAGCAGGCACAAUCUAUGAGAAGUCAGGAGAAAAAAGUGAGUCCUAGGACAUUAAGUGGACAACAUGGACAAAUCUACUGUGUUCCUACAUGAAACUCAGCACUCAGGUGGACUGACUAGAAGUGUGCUGGUCCCUAUACCUCGGGUUUUAACCCUUUACUUUCCCCUUUUGCUCUAUUUAUGUUUUAUUUUCUCACUGAACAGUUAAUAAAAGCUUCCAUCUCCAUUCAUAGAGGAUUGGAUGUAUGCAUUGAGGAAGGUCUGACAAGAACAGACCUUCAAUAACUUUUAGAGAUGCACUUCAAAAGGACCAGAAGAGCAUCUUUUUGUACUUUUUUUGUAUUUGUAGAAUAAUCAUUGCCUGGUUAAAGAAAAUGUAGUGAAAACAAUUAAGAAAAAAAAAACUUGAUUUCAGCACAUACUUCACCAUUGGUCUCCUGGACAGAAUCGAUGUAAGAACAUUAUUAUGCAAAUUUCUGAAGGACAACUCAGCUGCUGGACUUUUACCCAACAAGUCACCCAACAACUGUGGCGGACUGCUGACGGACUCUCACCAAGGACACGAAUACACUGACAUAUAGUCUUUUCUUACAUUCAGUACAUCAAUGCUUUUAACUUUUGCCUCACCAUUCAACCUGAUAUGAUAUACUUUAGAUGUCUAGAUUCUGCUCUAUCCACUUCAAAUCUUAAAGCUAACCAUUUUGCAAGUCAUUGCCAAAAAUUUACCAAAGGGCACAACAACAGUUUGAGGGAAUUGAUUUACCUCGGACUACUCACUCAAGGGUUUUGGGAUGAGGUUAUGGAUUAUAUGUGCUCUAAAAUCUCACUCCUAAACCGUUUUCACAUCUACACUCCUGAAAAUAUCUAGAUAAUUCCCGGAGGACUGCUCCGGAUAUUCUCCUGAUCUGGUUGUUCACACAUGCACCUCACAGCGGGAGAUUAUCCCUGUCAGACAGGAGGUGGGCGGGGGUCUCCAGAGCUAAGACGUGAUGUAAAGAAAAGAUGCAGAAGUAUCAGAGGUCCGCUAUACGACGCUAUAAUGAGAAUAUUUGUCUUAAUAUUAAUGCUACGUGUAGCGUGCAGCGAUCACAGUAUAGAAACGUCACUCCCCCCUCCCACUGGCUCCAGGUGAAUUCUCCUGAUUAUAUCCUGCUCUGUUCUCACAUCAGCUCACUCUGACUUUCUGCAGAAUAAAUACGAGGAGGCUGCAGGAGAAACUCCGGGUGAAGUCCGAGCUUAAAAUGUGGCUGUUUGAGUUCACAGCAGCUCCUCCGGGAAAUAUCAGGAGUUUUUUGCAAGUGUGAAAGCCCUGCUAGAUUCACUCAUUCCAAAAUACUAUGGGUUCCUACGGAGCUACAGUACGGCUAAUUUAAAUGAUAUAAAGUGUCCACGGCAAACCCUGCAAAGAGAUUAAAUAGGUAGUGCUCAAAUGAUUAAAACCAUAAUAAUUCCCCGCCACUCACCAGACUCCAGAACCAUCAAGAAAACAUCAUAGCCGUUACUGUCAUUUUCCGAUCUAUCAGCUGAAUCUGGUUGGCGUCGCACUCUCCUGUAGUCUUUGUCUUACUCAAUAUUGUAAAUAACAUGCAGAUAUACACAAUCUUCAAAACUUCCUGAUGGGCAAAAGGAUCUGUGCUACUCCCUGACAGCAUGCUAGUAUAUUCACUGACUGCAUACACACACACACACCUAUAAACACUGGAUAACAAUGAAGCUGUUGUACAGUGGUAACAUGCUUUCUACUCCCUGAUGAGAGCAUAACUAGCCAUCAGUUUAAGUGCUGCAAAGACCUAUAAUGCUAUGAACUGUCCGUGUAGAUGAACAAAGCCUCCGUUAAUCAAAGUCAAAGACAUUGUAUUUUGUGUUGCUACUAGAUACAGGUACCGUUUGCUGUCGAGUAUUUACUGUCAUGAAACCAAAACAUCUGUUUCAGUGAUGGUCGGGUUUUUUUGGUCUACGGCAAUCGUCCUUGCAGAAGUUAUCCUCUGAAAGUCCUUAUAACGUGUUAAUAUCUGCUUAACUGUGUUGCUGUAAAAGUAGCGAUAGGUCGAGAAGAAGUCAAAUAUAAUGACGAUGAAUAUUCUCUGUAGUGUACUAUCACUCCUUCAUGUGUGCUCGGAGAUCAAAGACAGAACAGACGUGAAUCUACGGGGCUGUUUGUAUUAAUUACUACCACCCCCAUGUGUUUCCAAAGCAUGUUCUGCCUAUAAAUAAUGCCCCCAAGAAGCUUUUGAAUGCAGACCUUUCGAGUCCCUGUCGCCAUUUUGAGACAUGUAAGUGAUUUACUACUGAAAUAAUCUCUUUCCUUUGAGUAAUGAACACUCACCCGUUGUAUUUUUGAUUCAAUAAGAACAGUUAGAGUUUCAGUUUGAGAAAUGAAACAUGAUGAGAAAUCCUUUCAAAGCCAGUAGAUGUAGGUUUCAAAUUUAAUACACCCUCGUCUCUUAUUGUAGCCAGCAACUUUAGCUUGAAGGGUGGAACUAGUGUUGUAGUAAAGACCAGAAUAACCGAGACCAAGACAUACCUGAGACCGGGGUGCUCCGAGACCGAGACGAGAUCAAGAAAUUUAGGGAUCGAGACCGAGUCAAGACCAAGGCAUUUAGGGAUCGAGACCGAGUUCAGACCAAGACCAAGGCAGGGCGAGACCGAGUCAAGAC